UUUGUUCCGCCGUUCCGGGGUUAUCAAACGACUACCAUGUGAGUGAACACAUAACGCUUUCUCCUUCCCCGACCGAGUUCCGACAGAGACGGAGAGCGAGAUGGCGGGGGUGUCGCCGGAGCAACUCGAGAGGGUCAAGGCCUCACUAGAACGUACAGGCGACCGCCUCCAGGAUUCCGGCGAUUCCAGGCACUUCUCCUCCUAUGACUCCCUCAUCUCUUCCUGCAUCCGCCUCGAAGAGGCCUUCCCUGGCCGCCUCCUCUGCUCCUUCGUGGUCCCACCACACCUCCUGAACACAGGCAAGUUUCUCCACGGAGGCGCCACCGCUUCGCUGGUCGACAUUAUCGGAUCGGCGGUCAUUCUAACCACCGGGGUCCUAACUACUGGCGUCACCCUUGAGAUCAGCGUCUCUUAUCUCGACUCUGCCUAUCUCAACGAAGAGAUCGAGAUCGAGGCGAAGGUUUUGCGCGUUGGAAAGGCGAUUGCGGUGGUCAAUGUGGAACUCAGGAAGAAAGGGAACGGCAAGAUUGUAGCGACCGGGAGGCAUACCAAGUACCUUGCCGUCUCUAGCAGAUUGUGAUUCGAGGUAUAUCUCUCAGUUGCAAAUCGUGCUUCUGAAUUGGCUGUCUUGCAUAUUAAGCGCAAGGUUAUUUCGGAUACUGUAGCUUCGAUAACCUACUGAUCUUUGUUAGAUUAUCUGUAAAUUUGUUUUGCAUUGUUGCAGUGAAAAUCUACGAUUUAAGUACAUUCCCACGGAUUGAGAAUGAGUGGCCACAUGGUGGUAAUUUUAUAGACUGAGCUUCGGAAUAUCUGAAAAUUAGCUAUUGUUACCAAAGAACUCGGAAUCUGAAUUCAGUGCAUUCCUAAUUUGCAUGAGUGCCGAACAA